ACAGGGUUUCAAAAUCCAGCUAUAGCUCAAAGUGAUCGCCUCUUUGGGCAUAUCUAUCUAAGACGAUUCUGCCCUCUAUCUCCCUUUGUACCACUUUUCUUGUUCUAAAAGGAUUUUUCAUGUUUGGCUCUCAGAUCUGUGAUUUAGUGAGUGUUCUGCUGCAGAAAACAGAAGUUUUUCCUACAUGGCUGAAACACCCGUCUAUGACUCAUUUCAAAUGUCUUUGAAUGUCUCGUUUGGUUUUGUUUUUUGAUUAUUGACAGGCUUUGUGUGUUCUACACGUUACAUGAUCUUUUUUGUGUUUGUGUGUGUGUGUGUACUGGAAUUGUUUGAUUUUGCCAUACAAGGAUUUAUUGCUUUACAAGUGGUGGUAACUCCUAGGAGAAACCAUGAGUUGGACUCAUUUUAAAUGCUAAACGUCUUCGAGCUUGAAGCUUCACUGCCUGUGGGAUUCAGUCAAGAGAUGUCCACUGUGUCUAUGGAGCCCAUAGUAGCGAUGGUGGAGAAGAUUUCCAAUGUUACUGAGACCCCAGUAGAUGCUUCUACGGAAAACAUGGCUGCAACCUUCACAAUUGGCACCAUCCUGUCCUUAAUGUGUCUGGUGGGUGUGUCUGGAAAUAUCUACACCCUAGUGGUCAUGUGUCACUCUAUGCGCUCAGCUGCCUCUAUGUACAUCUACAUCAUCAACCUGGCACUAGCCGAUCUACUUUACUUACUUACUAUUCCAUUUGUGGUAUGUACACAUUUUCUAAAGGGAUGGUACUUUGGAGAUGCCGGGUGUCGAAUCCUCAUUAGUAUGGACUUCCUCACCAUGCACGCCAGCAUUUUUACACUAACUGUAAUGAGCACAGAACGUUACUUUGCCGUCCUCAAGCCAUUAGAUACAGUCAAACGCUCUAAGAGCUACCGUAAGGCAAUUGCCCUGCUAGUGUGGACGGCCUCCCUGAUUCUCACUUUACCCAUGAUCAUUGGCGUCCAGCUGAUGACAGAGAGCUCCAAGCCAAUGUGUCAACCCACAUUGAGCCCACUCUCUUAUAAAAUCUACAUUUCCUUUCUCUUUGGAACCAGCAUUGUGGCUCCAGGAGUCAUAAUUGGCUACUUGUAUAUACGCCUCGCCCGCACAUACUGGAUCUCCCAGACCGAGACCUUCAAGCAGACCAAGAAGCUCCCAAACCAGAAAGUCCUAUAUCUUAUCUUCACCAUUGUGCUCCUCUUCUGGGCCUGCUUCCUACCUUUUUGGGUCUGGCAGCUUUUAGGUCAGUUCCAGCCAGCACUGGCUCUCUCUACCAAGGCCAAGCGCAACAUUAACUAUCUGACCACUUGUCUGACCUACAGCAACAGUUGCAUCAAUCCGUUCCUCUACACCCUGCUAACCAAGAAUUACAAGGAGUACCUCCACAAAAGACAGAGGACAUGGACAGCUGGCAGCUACUUCAACAGGCGAAACCGCUUCCAGAGGUCACCAAGACGCUCAUUGUCCUCCAGCAGUCAGCAGUGUACAGAGAGCUUUGUGCUUGCACACACUUCCAGCACCAAUAACAGCAGUCUUUGAGGUGAAGAUGACUGUCUGGGGAAGGACAAGUGCAAAGCAAGCCAAGAAGGCUGGUAUCUCCCUUCUUUGAACAGAAGAGGGAGAAAAGAGGUGUAGGAGCAGAGCAGACGAGAGAAGCAAAGCAAGAUAUUUCAAGAAAGUUUAUUCUAUCCAUGAAAAGUAUCUUUUCCACAGUAAGAGGUCAAUGUGGGGUUGGAGUUGCAUCACCUUACCAGUUGAUUAGUUUCAAUCAUGGACAACUCUUAAGAAAAAACAAUUAUUACUUCAUUAGAUUCCCCAAACUCUGGGAUAUUUUCACUGUGAACUGCAGUUAAAAUAAAAUGCUGUUCUUUUUAUUUUGCUCAUACAUCACACUUUAUCUUCAAGGAUCAAAUUUCAUAACAAGGCAAUUACCAAUAGAGGACAACUUUUCUAUUUCUUCUAAGAUUGUCAAAAUAAUUAUCAUUGUUGUGAGAUUAAUAUACUGUAAUUUACAACACUGCAGUGUAUAUGAGUGAAAGUGUAUUACUAGCACAGAUGUAAACAUAAUGUAUGUUAGGCUAAAUUGGGAACCGAUCUCUCUUAUCUGAUUAACUGUCUGUUAAUGUAGUCAAAGGUCUAACGUUAACUUACACAGCAGCUCAAGUUGUUCAGGAAACCUAAAGCCGAUGCUAAACCUUAAAACUUUCUUCAAAUAUUAUGUUUUAGCCAAUCGGGAAACGAGCUCAUGGAGCUUUGGAAAUAUUCUCUCCUUCUUCUAUAUGUUCUUCUUAUUCUUCUGUAUCUCACAACCAACAUUAAGUUUUUCUCUCCCUUGUCAUCGAUUUUAAAAAUGUGCCGUAGCAAUGGGUCAUUCAUGAACGAUUCAUUAAUUUUGGACUAAUCUUUUAUUUGACUUGGGUGAAUGAGUAGUCUCAGAAAGUGAUUUGUUCAUUUUGUCACAGCCACGCUUGUGCAAAAUCCGUGCUCAUGUUUCGUUCAUUUGGCAAGGGGACAGCUCUGUACAGGAAACAGAACUGAAUAGUUCACCUCCCGUCGGUCUUUGAGUACAAGUUGUUCAUUGACAUCUGUGAAGUCUCUAUUGCAAGCAGAAGUUACUUAAUACUUCUUAAUACUCCCAACAAGCAGUUUGAGAUGCUUUAUUUUGUCCUUACAGUCACACAAAGUGUUUCUGGUCACUAAUUGUAGCUUCUUUAUUUCUUGCAAUUCAUAUCUUUGUGAAUAUUUCUCUAAUGAUGUGUUAUCCCAUUCUAUUGAAUCAGGUAAUAAAGAGUAAUGUUUUAAACUUUGUAUGACUUUUAUCUUCUGGUCAGAAAAUAAGGAAAGCCCAUAUUAUUUGCUUGUUUAUUGAGUUGAUUUUAAAUAAAUUGUCAUUUAUUUUUCCUUCAUGAUGCAUCCUCUCAUGGUUUUAUUUAUUCUUAAGUUAUUGUUGGGAAUAGACCCAAAUCAAGCAUUAAUUAUAUAUUAACUCAUUUUACACUUGGGAUAACAUAUUGUGUCAACACUGUCCGCAUUAAAUACAUGAAACUAAUUCAUCAAUUAUGUUUCCUGCACAGAGUCUAUGAGCACAGAUGAGGCUGUCACCUGUUAAAUGAACGAAAGACUCAUACCCAAAGAACAUCUCGGGAGGUGAACUAAUCAAUUAUUUUUCCUGUAGAGCCACCCCGGACACUCCUCUGGUCCGCCAGUGUUACCUGGGCCUGUUAAAUUUGUUCUGUAUGAUCAGUGAGGGCUCUGUCGCCACCAUCCUGUUCCCUAGACUCACAGAAUUUGAAGUUGACAAGACUGGAGGCUUUAUGUUGACCUUAUGCUGACCUGAGAUCUGUGUUCUCCACAGUUACAAUGCAGAGGAUGCUUGGUUUUGAAUUUUAAUGAGUUAUGAAAGCAGGUGGUCUACAUGGAGUUCACAAAUGAUAUGCACAACAUGAGAAUUGUGGAGUAAAAAUUAGGUAACUUUUAUCAUUCUGACUCCCAAGAAAUUCUUAAUUUAUCUUCAAUGCACAAUGUCGAAAUGGUGCUUAUUAUUUUUGGACACAGUAUUUGUUAAACACAAAAGAUGAACAGUACUACCAAAUAGAUGUAGUCUGUAUGUUGCUCUGAAAUGUUGAAUUAACUAUUUUGUUUUGAUACAAAGUUUAUAAAUAUACUCAAUUUCAGUGGUGUUACAUGUUAAAUGUACAGAGUGUGGUAAAAAGGAUAUAGAAAGAUUGCUUGUAAAUAUUACAGCUAUGUUUAAGUUACAUUUUGUCUACACCUUUGUUUACACAAAAGCUAAUGGCAAUCAAUGAUCACAUAUUCUAUUAAAAUAUAAAAGAAAACAUAAGAGCCUAUUUUGCACCUAUUAAGACAUGCUCUUUGAUAGCAGAGGAAAAUAUAAACCAUUAUUUUCUAAAAGACAACAAAAUAUCUGACUCAAUUUAUACAGGUGUCUUAAAAUACAAUAUAUGUACAUUAAGAUUUUGAUACCAUGUAAUUGUUGUAUAUUCAUGUUGUUCUUAAAAUAUAUUAUAAUUUUUGCAUUUUCUGCUACCAAAGUUUGAGGUAGGGUAUAGUUAUGUUGGGUUAGAGUUAGAGUUAGGGGUUAGGAACGGGCUUGGAGCAGUUUUGCUGCCAGACUCAAAAUAAACAGAUAAUUUUGCAUGAAAACCUUGUAAGAUUUUGAGAGAAUGAGGACUACCUUCUAGCCACUAAAUGUAAUUAAAGUGCAUAAUCAUAAAAUAUACCUUAUAUAAAGUGGGAUAAAAAAAUGUGAUGUAAAUCAGAGGGAGAAAGCUUUCCACAGAAAAUUCUGAGUUCCAAGGCUGAAUUUCAUACCUCAAGGGAGAAAGACUAGGUUUCAAAUCACUAAAAAGUACACAUUCUAAUCUGCUGUGUAACAAGUUAAUGUAUUUAUAAUGAUUUAUUAUGGUUAUGUUUUUGGAAAGAGAUUUAGUGUAAAAAUUAUACAAACAACCUGUUCCUUAAAGGCAGUUAAUAAUGCAAAUCAGAAAUGCAAAUAUUAUAUUAUUUUUAAUGCUAUGCUCUUUGUUAAGGCCUAAACAGAUUACGUAUUUCUAUGGCUUCUUACUGUAUAUUUGUUUUGCAAUUGUGAUAUUGUAAAGUCUAUGUAAAGUUGCUAAAUUUCUCACUGUAGCUUAUUUAAAUGAUGCUUGCUAAGACAUGUACUAUGCACUCAAUAAACAGUAAAAAUUCACUUUAUGGUAAGUAGAUAAGCACAUGAAAUAUUAUUCAGUCAUUCUAGGCUAUUUUUCUGUUUUUCUUUUAUAACAGACAAUGCAAAAGAUAUUCAUGUAUUGAAAUGGCACAACUGAAUAAAAAGCUUUUUACUGUUAGUAUUCUUUUAAAAUUACAAUGAACAGUCAUUACAUUCAGAUUUUUAAUAAGCAAUAUGUCAAAAGAAGCUAGGAGUGUCUUUUAGAUUUAAAUGCCAGCCAAUGAGCUGCACAAUAGACUUAUUGCUGUUGCUAUGGGGUUUACAGUAAUUUUAACAAUCCUCUCAUUAAAGGAAUAUUUCACCCAAAAAUGAAAAUCUGAUGAUAAUUUACUCACCCUCAGGCCAUCCCAGAUGUAUCCGAGUUUCUUUCUUCAUCAAAACAGAAUUUAAGAUUUUUAGGUUUUCAUUUCAGACCUCCUCCUCUAACCAAUGCAAGUGAAUGUUCUCCAUUAUUUGACGAUCCAAAAUGCAUAUUUAGGGUGCAUCAAAAUAAUCCACACGACUCCAGUCGACAAAUAAAGUAAGUUUUUGCAUUUAGAAGAACUUAAUUUGUCAACUGGAGUCGUGUGGGUCGAAUUUUAAUUACCAACUGAACUUGAUUUUAGCGCCAAAAUGCAAUUUACAUUUUCUGAAGGAGCUCAGCAAAGCCAAUCUGAGGAAAAGAGGCUUAUAUUUGAAAUAAUUAAAAGUUUUAAAAUGUUCAAAAGCUUGUUUUCUGAAAUUGAACUCCGCAUUGAACAAGUAGUUCUAAUAGUUUAUAGUCUUGAAAAGUGUAGAACAUUCUGUGAAUGUCAUUCAACCGACUUUUUUCAUCUAAAGAACAGGGUAAGGCUAAUUUAAGUUUGUGCAUUUUAAGAAAAUGCAUA